AUGGGAUUGGCAAUCGUCUGGUUACUAUGCGGAAUUUGGUAUGGGGUUUUCUUUCAUUACUGUUACAGACGGCGGGGGCGGACGCACGUGCUGCGAGCGAUGGCGGAAGCCGAGGUUGUCGCGAUGAGCAGUCGUUUAGGUCAACAACCCCGUAUCACCAUGGACGAGGUUGAACCAUCAAAGAGCACCGAAAGUGUAGAGAUGAACGUAAAAUCAAAAGUCGCUCCCAUGUAUGAGUUCUUUAGACUCCAGGAGCAGAUGAACUUAAAGCUUCUAAAAAUGAGACUGAUGAUUGAUGAAGAAGGGACAACAAGUCGCUCGUCGUCGCCUCUAGUGAUGCUAAAGCCAAUGCCUCGGGAAGAAGAACUGCUGCCCAAUUAUGUGCUAUGCUUCCGGGUUUUCUUCAUGCUCAACACCGCAGAAUCGGGUGAGUGCCUGCAGGAACAAGUAAAGGAAUUUCGAUCUGCCUAUAAGCGGGUGCAGAAAAGCGACUUCUUUUCCAUUCCCGAAAAAACACCAAAAAGACCAGAGGGAGAUAAAAGUGAAGGGCAUUUUGACAACACCAACAAAGAGUCAGAUGUUGCCUUAUACGACGAGCACGAGAAGAAGACAAAUAAGCCGGAUCGUGCGCCGGCAGGAGGUAAAGGACGUCAGCAGCAGGAGGAGGCAGCCUUUCGCGGAAGAGAACAAGAGCAAUAG